GGGAGGGGAGGAAAGUGUUUUUUACAAAGUGUUUGUCAGAGUCCCCCUUCAGUCCUGAGCACAGUCUGAGAGAGAAGAGGGGACCAGGAGGGCGAGCCAAUCUGAUCAGAUUACAGUGAAGAUUUGUGUGACUGUGACCAUGCGUGGGGUGAUUGUCUUCCUCCUGUCUGCCCUGCUUCCACUCUCUCGCUCCCAUGGACAUGGACGGGACCCCUUCGCCUGGCUGUACGGCCCGCGGAGCCUAAGAUAUGGCUCCCUGCAGGCAGACACCACAGGAGGGGAUUGUCCAGAUGAGUGUGACUGCCCCCCCUCCUUCCCAGCCGCCAUGUACUGUGACGGGCGGGGCCUGACAGCCAUGCCGACCAUCCCCUCCCGCGUGAAAUACUUGUACCUCCAAAACAAUGCCAUCACAGCUGUGCCCGACUCAGCUCUAGUAAAUGCAACAAACCUGAUGUGGCUCAUGAUGCAUCACAACCAGCUGACAUCUGAUGCCAUUGGCAAGAAGGCAUUUCUGCAGUUGGAGAGACUAGAGCGUUUAUAUCUACAACACAACAAUUUGACUGCCUUCCCUUCAAACCUCCCUCGCACCCUGCGAGACCUGAGAAUCAACCACAACAAGAUUGAAAAGGUAACACCUGCAGACGUAGAGGGAAUGGAUAACCUCACUAUCCUGUAUCUCCAUGACAACGCUGUCACAGACAUGGGCACAUCACUGAAGGCACUCCAAUCCCUCACACUGCUGGACAUCAGCAGCAACAAGUUGACAAAGGUCCCAGAGGCACUCCCCGAACAUCUGCACCAGCUCUACCUGGAGUCCAACUCCAUUGAUUCUCUACCAGAGGGCUUCCUGGGCCAUUUCACUCAGCUGCAGUAUGUCAGGAUGGCUCACAACCAGCUGACAGACAAGGGUAUCCCUGCCAACACCUUUAAUGUGACCGGGUUGGUGGAGCUGGACCUGAGCUUCAAUAAACUGGAGAGAAUCCCUCCAGUGAGCACCACACUACAGCAUCUCUAUCUGCAAGCCAACCAGAUCAAAGAGUUCACUCUGGGAAGUUUCUGCAGCGUUAUGGACGUGACCAGCUUCUCCAAGCUCCGGACGCUGCGACUGGAUGGGAAUGAGAUCAGCCGCCAGGACAUCCCUACAGAGACAAACCGCUGCUUGCGCCAGACUUCCACCAUUGAGGUCUAACUGUGUGUAUAUAGCUAAAAAUCAACAGCAGGAGGCAGCAGAUCUUACUGUACUGUAAUAUUCACUAUUAACAUCACAGUGAAAGCAAAGGUUGUCAUAUGUGGUUGUUUAUAUGACAGCAGUUUUACAGUAAUUGGAGAAGCUUUACUAGAUAUGUCAUUUUUCACAGGACAUUUUCUGUGGAAAAUACAAACAAGUUAAACUUUAAAUGUUAUGAGUUUCCCUAACAAAUCUGGACAAAUGCCCAAGUCUUGUUUGUAAAGUUAAAUGAGCCCCUUCGCAACAAAAUACAGUGUAUAAACCUAAUAAGAUAGCCUACUGUAUGAGCCAAAUAUUUCUUUUUUUGCGUAUUGAAAAUGAUCUGAUCCUCCUUAUAUGUUGCUGUGAGGAUCUUUGUAAUCAGUGCUGUUAUCUCUCUUCCUACAAAGCAUGCUUUUGAUUGUUUUGUCUGAUGAUAAAAAAUAGUAUGUAACGUGUAUGAUAGAAGCAUUACGAUAUCUUCAUCACUUCUCUGACAACUGUGUCCCAAAGUGAUAUCUUAUGGCAGUUGGGUACAUUAUUUUUUCUUUGUGAUAAAGAAACAACAAAAAAAACUGUGACAUAGAUAGAUAUCUACCAUGUGAUAAAUAUCUCCAUACUGUAGUGAAUCACACACGAGGGGCUUUUAGGUGUGUGAUUUAGGAUUCUUGAGUUACUGUAUGCAUUACAUGGAUUGGUACUGACAAGUGGGUUACAGAAUAAAUAAAAGAUGGGAUUUUUAAAA